CUUAAGUACUGUUCAGUGACUCAUCGUUUUUCGAGCCUCAGAGAUUAUCACAAGAAGAAGAAUCCAGAGUCCGCCGGGAAAAAAAAAAAAAAAAACAAUAAGAAGAUUACAAAAACAAAGAAUUACUCCGUUCAUCUUCGCUAGGUUCUGUUUCAGGAUGAUGAUGACUCAAAGGAUCUCUCCUUCUAAUAAGCGUCGGAGAGUCUCUUUUGUUAGAGAUUUUCCUCAAUUUAGUGUUAAAGAUGAAAGUGACAUUGGUGGUGAUGAUGUUGCAACCAUAAAAGAGAACUUGGAUGGUAAAGAAGAUAGUAACUGUGUUGGUGUCGCUUAUCGCGAUCACCAUAGGCCUAAAGAAGAAUCGUUUGAUUCGAUAAUGAAGAAAGCUGGCUUUAAUGUAGCUAAUGGUAAUCUUGGGAAUGGAAAGUUUCCUCCAUCUAAGAGGAAUGUUCCUUUACCUUGUGAAGGUAAAGUGCAACCUCUUAGCGUGGAGGAAGGUAUUAAACUAAUGGCUUAUGAAAGCCAAAGAAGACGUUGUUUUGGUAAGCCUUUGGUAUCAACCAAAGUUGUGCAGAAACAUAGAUACUCACCUGCGAAGAAGAAGUUGAGUAAUGCAACUGCGUUAAGAGUAAGACACUCACCGAUGAAGAAGUUGAGUAAUGCAUCAAGACUAAGAGCAAAUGCUCAUAGACCGACUCAACAUAAAGAUGAAAGACGGUCUGGAGUCCUCUCGGUUAUACAACGAAACCGGCUUUCGAAAGAUCUUACCCCACGCCAGAAGGUUCAAGAAGUGUUGCGUAUUUUCACACUUGUGUUUGAUGAGCUAGAUCGUAACAAGGCAGCAAGAAGAGGUGGAUCAGAGACUGCCAAGAGCAGGAUAGAUUACCAAACUUGGACUAUUCUGAGGGAAAUGGGGAUGCAAGUUAACUCUCAAAAGAGGAUUGGAUCAGUCCCCGGGAUCAAGGUUGGAGAUAAAAUUCAGUUCAAAGCAGCACUCAGUGUAAUCGGUCUUCAUUUUGGCAUCAUGAGUGGGAUUGACUACAUGUAUAAAGGAAACAAGGAAGUAGCUACAAGCAUUGUUUCAUCAGAAGGUAAUGAUUACGGGGAUAGAUUCAUCAACGAUGUGAUGAUCUAUUGUGGUCAAGGAGGUAAUAUGAGGAGCAAGGAUCAUAAAGCAAUCAAAGAUCAGAAGCUUGUUGGUGGAAAUUUGGCUUUAGCUAAUAGCAUUAAGGAAAAGACUCCGGUGCGAGUGAUCCGUGGCGAAAGACGAUUGGACAACAGAGGAAAGGAUUAUGUGUAUGAUGGUUUAUACAGGGUGGAGAAGUAUUGGGAAGAGAGGGGACCUCAAGGUAACAUUUUGUUCAAGUUUAAGCUUAGAAGAACUUGUCAACCUUAUGUGGACUUUUGAAAGGGAUAGUGUGAGAUAAUGAAACUUUAGUUUUUGGUUUUUUGGUAAGAUAGUACUUACUUAGGUCCGUGACCUGUAAUAUCAAACCAACUAUAGUGUGGUUUAGGAUAACUUUUCUUUCUGACAGUAGUAGGUUCAGGAUCUUGUGUUGUACAAAUUGAAUGAUCCUUCUGAUGUCUUCAUAACUAAUGAUCCUUCUGUUUCUAAACUUCAUAAAUGUUACACCUUUUUGUUAAUAUUAUAUUCUAAUGAUGUAAAGUUACUUCGCAAA